GGGAUGAAACACACACACGCGCGCGCAUACACACACACGCACACUCACAGUGAACACACCAUGCUGCCGUGCUCCGACUCCAGCUUCACACACAUGAGAUUUCACUACAGCAGAAUAUUGUAGCUGCCUUUGUUGUUGUUGUUGUUGUUUUUGUUGGUGUUGCUGUUUUUUUUUUAAAAACCCAAAUUGGAAAUAUUGGAUCUUUGGACGCUUCAUCGAUUUGUUCCUGAUCGAUUUUUUGAAGAUUUCUCGACUGAAGACUCCUCUGUGGAAAAAAGAACCAUGUUGCAAAGCUUCGCGCAGCCACACGACUGGCUUUACUCGGAGCCGCUGCUCUUUGACGAUGAGUUCUGCCAGAGCCUGAUGAAGGACCUCCAGUCGCUGCCGACGCCCCCCCAGUCGCCCCCGAACAAGCUGGGGCUGGGGGGCUGCCAGCCGCUCUCCAAGGAGGAGCAGCUGAGCUUCGUGUCGGACAUCCUGCUGGAGGACCACGACAUGAACCUCGGCUUGAACUACGACUUCUUCCACUCCUCCUCCUCCGCCGCCGAGAAGGAGGAGUGCGGCCGGUCCUGCUCCUUCUCCACCUCCCCGUCGGCCUGCCUGCCCCUGGCCCUGGAGGAGAGCGACGACAGCCUGUGGAGGUGCCUGGGCGGCGACAGGAUCCUGGGGGAGAAGGCGGCGUCCUCCGUGCUGAGCACCAGCCCGCUGCUGUCCGACAUCGACACCAGCAUCUUUGAGGAGAUCGCCGGCUCCACGCUGGACUGCCAGGACCUGCUGGAGGCUCAGGAGCCCAGCGAGGCCACGUCCGACUACGGCUCAGCCGGCGGGGAGCUGUCCACCUACUCCUCCAGCGACUCCGAGGAGGAGAUCGACGUGGUGACGGUGGCCCGGCGUCCCUCCAGCCCCUCCCCUCUGCCCUCAUUGGCCGACCUGUCUGUCCGCCAGCAGAGGCAGGAGGAGGAGCAGCGAGCUCUGCAGCGCCACAACUUCGAGAUCCAGCAGCAGCACAACUACGCCGCGCCGUGCCCCGCCUCGCCGCCACCUUCCUCUUCUUCUUCCUCGUCUUCCUCCUCGUCCAACAAGCGGCCGCGAGGGGGCGACGGCCCCUCACGCCUGCACUACUCCUCCCGCUCGUCCUCCUGCGCCUCCUCCCCGUCGUCGUCCACGUCGUCCUCCUCCUCCUCGCGGAGCCAGUACUCGUCGCGGCACUCGGCGGAGACGGAGGACGAGGAGGAGCGGCGGCGGACGCACAACGUGAUGGAGCGGCAGCGGCGCAACGAGCUGAAGAACUGCUUCAUGCGGCUGCGCGACAACGUGCCCGAGCUGACGCACAACGACAAGGCGUCCAAGGUGGUGAUCCUGAAGAAGGCCAGAGACUGCAUCCGCGGCCUGGAGGACGAGGGCCAGAGGCUGCGGGCGCGCAGGGACAAACUGCGAGAGAAGCAGGAGGCGCUGAAGGCCAAGCUGGAGCGGCUGCGCAGCUAAUGGGACGGCUCGGGGGCGCAGAGCCGAGUUUGAGCCCCGCCUCCGCUCGUCAAGACCUGUCGGACUUUUCCUAAAGACAGUAAGACGCUGCAAAGACACGAGAAAGUGGGCGGGGCCAGAGACGAGCGCACAAACCUUCAUUUCUUCGACCUUUUUUUGGUAACAAAAGCAGGUCUGGACUUUAUGAACUUCUGUCAGAAACUAACACAAAACACACACAGACACCUUGGACUUGACAUUUGCAAACAAUGCAACACACACACACACACACACACACACACACACACACAGUUUUCCUCAGAGGUGAUCAUCCUCAUGCCUUGACUGCUGACUGUGGUAGGAGGUUAUUAAAGGUUAAAGUAGCUCUAUAAGGACAGUUAAUCCUCGUUGUGAGUCAGGAGGGUUUCCUCUCUCCAGGUGAACACACACUGAAAAACGGCAUUUUCUUUUUAAAAAAAUCGACGUAAAAAAAAAAAAAACACCGUGGUGCUGCUUUGUUUCCCAGGUUUCCUAGAGGCACGACGUCCUGAGAGAGCAGAUUAAUUCAGCGGUCAGACCUGAUCAUCACUGAACGGUACAUUAAUCGAUCAAUUAAUUAGGAAGGAACGAGGCUUGUUUUUAAUUGUAGUUUGAACUUCAGUUUUUAAUCGAUUGAUUGUUUUUGUUCAUGACGUGUUCAGGAGGCGGCGGAGGCCAAAGUGAAGUCACGUUUUCGGUGUGUGUUCACCUGUUCGCUGGCCUCAGGCACACCCAGCAUCACUCUGUUCAGCAGGUUCAUGUGUGUUUAACACACAACACUGUAUAACCCAGGUUCAAUACUGUACACACACACACUCACACACACUGCUCAGCCUCAGCUCUCUCUGUUCAGUCACUUCAGCUGCUGUGAGCUUCCUCUUCACGAGCAGGGCUGCAGAUGAUGAUUUUUUUUUUUUAAUUUAUUUUUUUAAAUGGAAGAAUAAUCAAUUCAGAGUCGAAAUAAAGCCAAAGUCUGACAGGAGGUGAUCGGAGCUCAAAGUGACAUCUUCACAUGUCUUAGUCUGACCUGUGGCUUAAAAAAAAAACCCAAAGUAUUUUAUAAAUACAUGAUCGGAGAAAAGCCGGAGCCUCUCGGUGAAGCUUCGACUAAUCUGUCGACUAAUCAAUCGCCAGGCGCUGUUCACCAGUUACUUUUUCUGUCUAGAUCAUUAAUUAAAGCUCAUGUUUCUGCAGUGAAGUGACUGAACUGAAGCAGAAAACCGGCGCCAAAUGGCAAAGCAGUGCCGCCUUUGCAAAACCAGCCAAAGCCCGUCUGUCUGCAGCUCGUACGCCGCCGCCGCCGCCGCGUUCCAUCGAGCAUCGCCUCCGCUCCGCUUCCAUAACGUUAACAGGUCGAGAGGCAUCAUCGCUUCUCGCCGUCGGUGUCGAAAAGGUUAAAGGUUUAGCUUGAAGAAAGCCAUGUUGCAGUUUUGAACGGGGUGACCGAUUGAAUUUUCUGCAGCGCCGACGCUCGCGAGUCUCGACAAACAUUCCCCCAGUUUAAAAGACGAGCGGCUGUUUUUGCUUUCAGUUAAAUACAUCCGUUUUUUUCCGGACAUGACGUGGGUUGUGACAUCAGGUAUAAUUUCAGACACGAAAAAAAGAAAAUGAAAGCAAAGUGUCCAUCAGGAAUAUCUUGCUCAUACCUAAUUGGUUCACUUUAGGCUGGAUCUGAAGUUUGGGACAUAUCGAUAAACGGGGGUUGAAUGUUAAUGCCGUUUCUUCUCAGUCUUGUUUAUCCAUUGAUGUGCUAUUUGUCAGGAAAACGUUUCAAAUAGCAGACGUUUGCUUAUUUGUGUCCGAUGUCUUAAAAA